AGAAGACGGUCGCCAUUUUGUAAGGGGUUUGAUCGUUGCUGUCCGCCAGGGAGCAGUGAAUAUAAAUCGAAGAGAUCCGUGUGUAUGUUUUACGUUGGCUUGAAAUCUAGUCAAACGUACGUAGUGUUACGUUUUCGUUUACCGAUGGUGAUCUAGCGGUGAUAAGAAAAAAAAAACAAACUCCGGGCGAUAGAUAACGUACGAGCGUAUCUCUACCGUGGGAAGAGACGAACGAGAAGCAAGCGUAGUGAGAGUUUAAACGUCGAAGGUGAGAGAUAGAGAGGCGCAAUCCCGAGGCGCUCCCCGGAUUUCCAACUAUACGUAUCGUACCUAACAGGCGUGUGCAGAAAAACUCAUUGCUAACGACUACGAGAAGAAGGAAACCCACGGACAUGGAGAUGGAAAGACAGGCUGGUUUUCUGCUCGCUUUGCUAUUUUUAGCCAAUUUUCUGACGAUCGGAGCAGACAGCUCAGGCCGUAUCCAGUACAUCGGUUACUCAAACGCCCUUCUUAAUACCACGCCGUGGAAGAUCACGUGCUUGGGACUGACGUCGUCGGACGCUGUGGCAUGGACGCGAAACGGAGAGUCGAUACAACAAGAAAUCGAUGAAAAAGAGAUAACGCAAGAGGAUUCACCCACCAACUCAACCAUCAGCGCCAGUUUGGCCAAACUUAAACACGGUGGACAGUACAAGUGUACCAAGAACUCAACAUUCUCGCACACACUCACGGUGCAUAGUGAGGCAAACGGGGGUGCAUCAACGCAAACUACGCAGUCGGAUUCGAGUCUAACGUCGAAAGUUGCAUCGGCGUCGAAUCCAAAUGAGCUGAUUUACGCGUAUACUGAAAAAAAUCUGAUUUUACCGUGUAACUUAACUACGGUUACUACCGGUAGCAUUACGUGGACGCACAACAACGCAACGUUGAAAGAAACGGACACGCUGAAACUUUCCAAGGAUAGAACGCAGCUCAACAUCACCAAAGGACUCGAGGAUUACAUGGGAAAUUAUACCUGCAGUGCUGGGAGCGGGAUGCCAACGCGAUUUAUGAAAGUUGUCCCUUAUCCGAUAGUGAAAUUACCGUCUCUGGAUACGAACGUCGUCGAGGGUGAAAAGCUUCGUUUGACUUGCGAAGUGACGCCGGGUCUCGGUGCCGAAAUCGAGUGGAUCUUCGACAAUGUCACAUACACCAAGGGCACGGAACGCAUCAACAUAACAACCGAAGAAAAGUUGUCGACCCUAACCGUAUACGACAUUCGGCAGGAGGAUCGCGGCAACGUGACUUGCAAGGUUGUCUUUACCAGGACCGUAGACCAGUUCGCAUCCAGCUAUACGACCCUGCUCAGAGUCACGAACAAGUUUGCAGCCCUUUGGCCCUUCCUCGGUAUAUGCGCCGAGGUCAUCGUACUCUGUGCCAUCAUCCUCGUCUACGAGAAGAAGCGCAACAAGGCCGAACUCGAAGAGUCCGACACUGACCAGAGUCCAGACACCAAACCGACGCCGAACAAAGAUUCCGAAGUCAGGCAGCGAAAGUGAAUGAAAUUUUGAAUGGAAAAUAUUUCACAAAGAACAAAUGGAAGGGGAAGGAUAAUUAAGGGAUAACAAAUAAUAAGAACAAAAGAAAAGAUGCGCGAGGAUGAAUGUAAUCGAAAAUUGAUAAAUGAUGGAAACGAAGAAUUUAGUCGGUUGGAAAAGAGAGGAUAGAAAAAAAUCAAUAAAUAAAAAUUACAAAAUACUACCGAAAGGAAAAAAGGCACGUGCAAGAAGAUGGGAUGAUUCGAGAAAUAUAGAAAAAUUUUACGAGAUGCCGGAAGAAAAAUCAGCAAAUCCUUACCAUUUGUUGUAUUUAUUUCAAGGUUUUUUUUUUUCUUUGCAUCCUUUUUUUCUUUUUAAUUACUCAUAAAUUAUGGUAUCUCAUUUUACCUUUAUCGUCAUUCGUUACCGGUAUUGGUAUAUGCAUUAUUUCAUAUACGCUUUGAUAGCUCUUCACUUGUUAUUGUUAUACUGUAAAAUAUGUAUAAUUUGAAAAAACUAAGAAAUUUUGUUUCUCUUGUUUGAAUCGCUUUGAAAUUCUGUAUAGCGAGAAGAAAUUUCAACCAAACGUUGGAAUUAAAAAGUGAUUCACAGCGAGUUUACAAAAAUGUUUAACGAGACGGUCGUUUUUUGAUCAUUUCGAAGUUAAAAAAAAAAAAAAAAAAUAAAACAAGUAAAAAAAAAAAAUUAGAACCGCGUGUAAAUUCUUCCUAAAAUUCCUCAAUUUUCGUAUCAUCUGCGUAUUAUAAUUUCGUACAUUGCUGUUUAAAAAUUAAUUACGUAUAAUCACUCUUUAAUGACCAAUCAAGUUUUUUAUAAAAAAGAAAAAAAAAAAAAUUAGUACACGGCAAUCGGUAAUAUUUCAAAGAUAUUUUUAUCAUCGGGAUAAAUUUAAUUCUGUUGCGUAAUUGAAACGAAAUUACAAACCGUCGAGUAACGGAGGCCUGCAAACAUCAUCAGGGUCAUCAUCUCAGCGUUUCCCUAAUUCGGACAAAUCUUAUUUGAAAGAAGAAAACGACAAGAACAACUUUUGAUCGUAUUUGCGGAAUUGGAAAAAAAACAAAAAAAAAAAAAAAAAGGAUUCAACGAAGAAGCAAAAAUGAUCCAAAUUACUAGCUACGUGUAUAAAUUAGAGAAAGAGGAAGAAGAGGAGGACAACUAAGCAGCAACGGGGGAUAGAAAUGUUUUUCACCGGAAAUUCCACGCUGUUGUUUUAUCGAUCCGCGCACCAUCGGAAGCGUCUCUUCGUAACAAAUCCAACUCGUCAUAUUUCAGUUAAAAACCAAGUAGCCAAUAGUAAGAUCUGAGGACUCCUUUUAAAACCUUUUUUUUUUUUUUUAAAAGAUAUCCGCACCCGAAGCGACGGAACUGAGAAUAUGAACACAAUUUAAAUAGACGAUAACGAAUAAGUGAUGAAAUUAAGUAAAAUAAUAAUACGUAUAUUACUCAUACGCAUGCGCAUGUAUAAAUAUGUUCACGUAAAUACAUUCAAAUAAUGUGCAAAACCACGUGUAACGUGUGUAAUAACGGAAAGAAAGAAAGAAAAAGAAAAAAAAUGAAACAAGCGUUUUACCCGGUCCUUGUUUUUACAU